GUGCCACCACCAAUUUUUCUGCCCGUUGCUGUAUUAACGCCGGCCGCACGUUUUUCCAUCCCAGACAUCGGCCCCAACCACCUGCCACCGCCCAGUGAGCUCCGUCUAUCGCGAAGAACUACUUCCCCACUACCCUCCCGUACCCUCAUUGCACAACCACUUCACCUCUCUGCGGGUACCACACUUCUCCUUGUGAGAGAACCAUUCGUUCACUAUCGCACACAAGUCUUGAUCGCGACCGGAACGCGACUGACUCUGUCCAACUUUGCCCCGACUUUGCUGUCCAAGCAUCCCAGGUAGGCAAUCGCCCAUCGCUGUCGCAUUGCAUGGGAGCUGACGGCACUGUAGAACAAUCACUCUUCCCCUAAUCCUCCGUGAGAUCGAACAAAGGCGAUAUCGGUGCGGUUUUCGUGGCCGCGCAGCCUUCCAUCAUGCUGACCGAGAUCUAGACUCACCUCCAUCGCGAUGGCAUCCCAAUCCUCUGUCGAGGAGGUUGCGACUCCCAUUGAGAAUCCCGUCACUCCUCAAGCCGACGAUAUCGAUCUCCCUUCCAAGGUCGACCUCAAUCACCCUGCCUCCUUGACUACAUCGAUGCUGGUAGCUGGUUCGUCUUCGGCCAUGCGUCCUUCAUCCAUCACUCCCCCACCAUCCUCGCAAGCUCCACCUCGCGUUGCUCCUCGAUCGAUCACUCCUGAUGCCUCUGCUGCCGGCGCCAUGUCUUCCCCUCCUCCAACUGUCAAUGGCCACAAGCGUGAGGUUGCGAGUGCGGGUCCCAACGUCGAGGAAUUGGCACAAUAUACCAAGCAAGAGCUCAUUGAGAUGGUCGAGAAGGCCAAGGCAGAGAACCAUAAGCUUGAUGCUGAAGCUAGUGAGGCUCGUAUGUCUGCUGCCCACUACAAGCUCCAAUACCGACUCCUCACCAUCGAAAGUGAAGAGGCUUUGAAGCGCAUGGAGGUUGAGCAUGACAUCACCCGCCGUGAGGUUGAGGUUCUUCAAGGUACUGGCCGCGAGUCUACCAACAUCGAGUACACUCAGAAGUUGAAGGCUUAUUGCAAGUCUCUCGAAGAUGACCUCUAUGCUGCCCAUCGUCGUAUUGAGAAGGCUAAGCGCUUGAUUGAGUCCAAGGAAGACCAGAUCGUUGAUGCAAAGGAGGAGAUUGGCCGUCUUCAUGAGCGUAUCCGCCAAAACCGUGAACAUAUCAACGUCUUGCGUAGCCCAGGUGGACCUCUCCAUGUCGGCACCCCGAAGGCUCCAGCAACCCCUCACCAGUAUCAGCGAGGCACCCCACGAUACACUCCAAGUUCCAACCGCCAAGUCCGCUACCCAGCUUCCCAGGACAACCAGGAGCGCUUCAACGCCUUGUUGCUGGCAGGUUCUGUCUUGAGCCAGGAGAAUAACAGUGCCCCUUCGACUCCAACCAUUGCUCGUCGUCCUGAUCCUCGCACUCCCAACAAGCAUAACCGUGGUGUUCAAUCCCUCUCGUCCUUCCCUACCACUCCAGGUUCUGGUCGCCCCAUAACUGCCAACUCGACCCUCUUGCCUGCUCCUGAGUUCUCUCAAAACACCGAGCGUAUCAACGUCCUUGCUCACAAUGCCCUCCAACACAUGAAUCAAACCGAGCACCGUCGUCGCAAGUCCCGUGACAGCACCAUCUCAGCUUCCGAUCAUGAGGAGAUUGUCCGUGCCACCAAUGCUUCCUACCGCGAGGAAAGCGACGAGGAGGUUCAAGAGAGCCAAGCUAGCCAAAGUGCCACCGAGAUGCUUCGCGCUGAUCCUCGUGAGUCCUUCGAAGUUGCUGCUUCCCGUACCCAUACUCCCGUUCCCGGCGACAAGGCAAAGGUCAAUCUUCAAUCCAAACUCUUCGCCCCGAUCAGCAAGGGUGGUGCCGAGAAGCGCAAGAGAGAUGAGGAGUAUGGUCCUGUCAAGAAGGCUCGCUCUGAUGGUGAGGCCAUUGGCUUGGGAAUCGGUUUCGAGUCUGGACGUGGCUGAUUGCUUCAAUGCGAGAUACCUUGCUCGUUCAACUUCGACGACGACGGCGAUUGACGAAUUCUGAUGACGAUGGAGUUAUCUUGUUGCUGUAUGGAACACGUGGUUCUGGCGUACCGGAUCUGCAUCGUGCGGACUUGCUUUGAAAUUCUGUCUCCAACUCUUCAUUUGGCAAAAAGGCGCAUCUUCUCGUCCUGCUUGCUGGAUGGAUGGAUGGUAAUUAGCUUUGCUUUGCUCUGUAUGAUAUGCAUGGAUGCACAAUGGGAAAUGAAAUAAGGGAAGGAUGGAUGGCUUGUACGUAUGUAGAUACCCCUGACGACAUGGUUCUUUGCUUAACUUUGCUUGGAACCGGAGUCGGAUUGGCAGGUAAAUAACAAUAAAAUGAAUGCGUUGUAAAUUAUGGACGUGUUCUUUACGUGCGUGUUUUUGCGUGG